AUGAGCACAACGGGGUCAGCUGCACCCGCGGAAGGUCCGGAUAACGACACCGGAACAAGCACCCACGGACACGAACAGGAGAGGUAUUUGCCGAUCGCCAAUAUUAGCCGAUGUAUGAAGGGCGCUUUGCCAGAGUCCUCCAAAGUUUCGCGAGAAGCAAAGGAGCUCGUUCAGGAAGCAACCAGUGAGUUCAUAUCGUUCAUAACUUCUGAGAGUAGCGACAAGUGUAUGCGGGAGAGGCGAAAGACGAUCUGUGGGGAGGACAUUCUCUACGCCAUGCGUACGUUAGGUUUCGAAGAAUAUAUUCCACCGUUAAUGGCAUACCUUGAGAGAUACAGGACCCUCGAGCAGUCCAGGCGAAACGAAAAGCAAGCGCCUGGUACCUCAGAGGGAACCGACGGGGAAGAUAGCGAGUCGGAUGGCGGCGGGAUCGAUGACUCUGCCAAAGACGAUACGUCAUGA